CCUUUGCAUGAGCAUAAUGUUGCAUGUGCCUAUUGUGGUAAUAAUGGUUUUCUUUUGAAUUUCUCUACGUAUGGCUCUGUUGACCUUCACUUUUCCAUUGUAUAGUGCUGUCUCUAUUUAGUAACAGUUGUAGGCUUUAUCAAAUCAGCAUGGAGAGUAGGCAUUCUCUUUAUUGAAAGCUACAAUCUUCCUGCCUAAAAUUUUCAACAUAUUCUUUUAUUUAUAGAGUGGUCUUUUGCAAAAUGAGAAGGUAAGAGAUGUACACAGCUCAGUAACACCAUGUCAACAUUGUCCCCACCACCUUCCUCUCUCAGUUAAACCAGUGCAAAUGUUUGCAAUGGUGCAAGUGCAAAUUUGUGCUGAAGGGAUGUUACAGGAUUUUCUAUUCAGGCAGCCUCCCUGUUAAACCCACUCAAAGCCUCGGCGCUGUCCAUAUUACUUAUGUUACAUAUGUAGUAUUUAUAGCCUCAUGACUGCGAUGAUAUGCAGUCAGAUGCUGGCUGCAGGUUUCUCUGCUCAAUAGCAAGACUCAUAGACACAUAUGUUGUACGUGUAGAUAAAGUAAAGAUUUAGGCAUUGGGAAGCAUUUACGUUUUUGUGUUUUCAAAAUGAGAAACCUUUAUGUUUCUGUAUGCAAAUAGCUUGAUGAUAUUUACAAAUGUUAUCUUCAGUGCUUAACUGAAAUCACUUCAGCGUGACCUUUAUUCUAUUUAUAGUCAAUUAACUUUUCCGAUAAACCCUGGGAUGUUUUCUUUAUAUUUAAAGGAUUAUAUGAGAUUUCUUUUUAUAUUGUAGUCAAUUUUCACUGUGGACCAAUUUUCCAAAGCAUUCAACAAGUUUGUUGUCUGCUAAUUUAGUAUUUAUAGUGCUAUAAACCAUCUGGAGACUCGAAACUAGCUUUAGAUAAGCGGUUUGUCACAAUCAGCAGCUUUUUUGUGUGUUCAGUUUGGUUUUUACAAGCGGCACGUUUUCCUCUCAAUUGUCUUCUCUUAUGCCGUUUAAUUUUUUUGACAGCAUGAUCAUUAGCUGGUAUCUCUGAAAUCUAUUGGAUCCUCUUUGAAUCAACCAUCGUAGAGACUUUUCUAAAUGAUCCCUGCUCAAAAAUGUUCAGCUCUAUCAUGAUAAUCUAACCUUGAUUAGGAGAAAGACAAUGCAUGAAAAAUCCAUCUUAAGUAGUUAAAGUGAAUGGAAAUCAAUAUGUUAUUCUUGGAACACGGUGAGGAUGUUGUAGAAUGUACGUGAUUUGUAUUCAAUAAUUUAAAUCAUACAAAACCAGUUUGGCACUAGAGAAAAGGACUAGAAGUCACAAAACAGGGUUUUUAUGGAAAGACUGGUUGGUGAGGCAGUGAUUAGGUUUGACGGAUAAAAAAAAUUCUUCCUUUUUUCCUGUUCUUCCCUGAAUAUUUCCAUUAUUACGUAUAAGAGAACACGCUGUGAGACGUCGAUCCCUCUUUCUCUGCUCCCAACAGACGAGAACUUCAUUCUCAAACACGACAGAGCCUUCCUGUUGUCGAUGGCCAAUCGUGGGAAGGACACCAACGGCUCACAGUUCUUCAUGUGAGUAACAUGAAGUAAAUCACAUCGCUGUCCACCUUUAUUAACUCUGCCAUUAUACUGACAGGUCACUUGCAUUGUUUAUUUGAUUUUUUGAAUGUUUUUUGCUUUCUGUCCCUUUCUCUGUUUUGAAACUGUAGAGUAGAAUUUGUCAUAGAGUGUGAACGUCAGCAAUCCCCUCUCUGUGUGCAGUUAGAUUUCAAAGUGCAGAGAAACAUGGAUUCAUUCUUUUUUUACCUAAAAAUGUGUUACAUUUUUUCUCUUGCCAUUUUUUGUGUAAAAUUUACAGAAACUCUAGCAUCCUGCUCUUCCAAGGUAAUGUGUCUCCAAGGCUGUGUUUCUCUCUCUUCUCCUGACUGUAUUUAUCAUUCAGUAGUUUGUAUUUGCAAGUAUUCUGCAGAGUACAGUGUUUAUUUUGGAUGUGUGAAUAUUCACAAGUGGCUUGAGGUUAUUUGGCUUUGUAGACUUCCUUUAUCACGAAAACAGGUUGUCACCACAAGUUAGAAAUGUCCUCAGUGAAUAAAAACUCUUGAAACAUAGAGGUGGAAAUGCAACAGUCUGUCUUUCUUUUGUAUGUCCCAAAUUGAUCACCCACACUUCAGUGUUUUCAUUGCCUUUUGGUAGCUGUUUUUAAUUCAACAGCCAAAAUUACAAGUGUUUUCUAAAGUGAUUUGCAAUCAGAUAUCAUUAAACAAAUGGUGGUCUUUCAAAUUCUGUAACUUUUUUGAUUUUGAGACUUUUCCCGUGGUACAGUAGCAUCCGCACUUUGUUGAAGUUACCUGUUAAUUCUCAUUCUUUUCCUUCUUUUUCUGCUUCUCUCAUGACUCCGCCACUGUCAUUGGUCAACCUUCCCUGGCUUCUUUGCUGGAUUUUCCAAACAGCACAACCAAGACGGCCCCUCAUCUAGACGGAGUCCACGUCGUCUUUGGUCUCGUCAUCUCGGGCUUUGAAGUGAUAAAGAAGAUCGAGGGGCUGAAGACUGAUUCAGCCAGCAGGCCCUACGCCGAUGUCAGAGUGAUGGAUUGCGGACAACUUAUCACCAAGUCUGCUAAUGAUGUACUUGAAGGCAAGAGGAAACGGACUUCACAUUCUGCUGACUCGUCCCUCAGUUCCGAUGAGUUCUCCUCUUCGGUGGAAUCUGAAAGUGAAUCUGAUGAAAAGCACAAACAUCGCAAGCACAAGAGACAUGCCAAGAGUAAACGGUCAAAAAAGAAAAGGAGGGAAUCAAAGAAGGAGAAGAACAUUACGUCCUCCAAAAAAAGCUCUCGCAGUCCUGCGGAAAGAGAGAUGCUGGAGGGGGAGAAUGAAGUGGAGGGAGAGAAGGAGCAGAGUGGGAAGAGAGAGAAGCCUGUUGUCCGACCGGAGGAAAUCCCGCCGGUGCCCGAGAACCGCUUCCUGCUGCGGCGGGACAUGCCAUCUCAGGAAGAUAAAACAGAGCUUGUCGAGAAAGAAGAAACGUCUGUUUCAGCUGACCAGAAACCAGCGGUUUCUAAGUCUGGACGGAAGAUCAAAGGCAGAGGAACAAUGAGGUAUCACACCCCCACAAGGUCUAAAUCACGCUCUACAUCUGUAGAGGAGCGUGGCAGCAGUGAAACUCCGCCACACUGGAAAGAAGAGAUGAAGAGAACCAAAGUUUAUCAACCGCCGAGCAUCGAGCGAUGGAGCAAGGGAGACAAAUUGAAUGACCAUUCCUCAAGCAGAUGGGACGACAGCAGCGACUCUGCAUGGUCGCGGUCUGCAGGACACUCCUCAGACCGAAGCUCUGAGAGGUCCAGUCUGCGCCGCCAACAGAAAAAAGAGAAGAAGAAAGCCAAACACAAGAAGAAGGCCAAAAAACGUAAACACGGCAAGAAGAAGAGCUCUAAGAACAAACCUCAAGAGUCUCACCGGUCGGAGGGCGAAAGGUCGGUGUCUUCAGAAAUAAAGUCCAAGAGAUCCCGUUCUCCAUCCCACUCCUCUUCAAAUCACCAUCAUUCCUCGACUCGGAGGAGACGGCGCUCCUCACUGUCUUUCAGAGACUCACGGUCCUACUCUAGAUCCUACACGUCCAGUAAGUCCAGAUCUAGAGGGAGGUCCAGGUCUUAUUCAAGGUCCAGAAGCCUAUCUAGGUCUAGAAGUCGGUCUUUGUCCAGAUCCAGAUCUCAGUCCUAUUCUAGAUCCAGGUCGAGAUCAAGAUCCAGGUACAGAUCUAGGUCUCCAUCCAGAAAGAGAAGUUCAUCCAGAUCCCCAAGAAAGAGGAAAGCCAGCAAGCCCAAACUGGACACCAUGAUCCGUGUGCCUGACAAGCUUCCAGACAGCAAAGUCCCCCCUGUUUCCAGACUCCCCACUGUCCUGGCUCCUGAAAGUGUCUCUGUGAUCCCUCUGAGCGACAGUCCUCCACCCUCACGCUGGAAACCUGGUCAAAAGCCCUGGAAGCCCUCCUACAUCCAUAUUCAGGAAAUUAAAGCUAAAGUAGCUCCCAGUAACAUUUCCUCCUCUGGACAAGCUGCUGAUAGCGUCACAGAAAAAGCUCCGACUUCAGUGACACCGAAGUGUCUGCCAGGUGACUCUGAAAGUGACAAAGCACACAAACCUGCAAGGCGCUCACACAGCAGGUCCUCCAGAAGUAAGUCCUACAGCCGUUCAUACAGUCGCUCGAGGAGCAGAAGUUACAGUAGGUCCAGGACCAGAUCCCCUUAUCGGUAUAACAGCAGGUCAUCCUCCUACAGCAGAUCAGACUCGGAAAACUCUCAGAAAACACGUAGCAAAAAGAAAAAUUCACUAGACAAGGAAUGGAAGGAGUAUUACAGCUCUCUGAGGAGAGUGAAAAAUUUAGAUAAGUACAUUUCACUCGCUGCUAGUCAAGAUGCUCAGUCCGGAUCGGAGAACAGGGCAGGCUGUGAUCAUAGCCCUGACAACAGUGUCUUGAAGAAAAGUGGCUCUGUGGAGAAAAAAGAGAAAGACAGCUCACAGGAUCAAGAGGCGAAGCAUUACAGCUCAGUGCCAGUGGAGAGCUUCAAUAGCAGGUCUGAAUGGGAUAGUGACAGCGAUAAAGUUGGCCAAAGCAACAGUGCCACCUUGUCAAAACAGCAGAAACAAGCAGUUCAGUCCAGUGAAGUUGUUCAUAAGAAGUUGUCUGCUCCCACCGGAUGGAAUUCAGAAAGUGACUCUGAAAAUAUAACUGGCAAGACUUUGGCCAUAUCUGAAAAAGAGGAAGGGGAGGCCAGUUCAGAAUCAGAGUUUGAGACUUCCAGGAAGACGUCUGAGGCAGUGGUCACUGUGGUGCAGAAGAGUGCUGCUGCUGCUGCUGCUGUUGCUGCUUCUGCUGCUUCUGGUCAGUUGGAGGAAACACCUGAGAAGGCAGCAGAGCCUGAGAAGCACAAGAGCAAGAAGAAGGCCAAACGUAAGCACAAGCACAGGAGAAGAAGUGAGAACAAAAGCAGUUCCCGUCACAGUAAAGACAAAGGGAAACGAUCCAAAAGGAAACAUCAGAAGCUCAAAGAGACUUUUCACUGGCAGCCACCUUUAGAGUUCGGAGAGGAGGAGGACGAAGAUGAAUCAAAACGAGAGAAACAGAGUCCUGGUGCAGUUGCCAAAGAAAGACCUGGUGUGGACACUAUGAAUGCAAAGGACCAACAUUUAACCUCUUUAAACAAGAAUCCAAGUAGAGAAGAAGACAGAGGGCAACAGAAAGCAAAACGCCAUGAACCUCAUCUUCAGUCAUCCAGCAGGAACGGCGCUAAUUUACCCAGUAUCAAAGAACAGGAGUCAGUAGAUGAUAUGGACAUUUGUACCCCUGAGCAUGACGCUGAGAUUGUAGAACCUCCACUUGCACAGGAUUCUCACCACGCCCCUGAAGUAACCCUAAACUCUACCUCAAAGUCUUCAGAUAUGGCCAGUAAAGAUAGAGGUUUACCUCAUAGCAAAGAACAGCCAUAUGUUACCUCCACAACAACCGUUGCUGGACUGCAGGAUGAAGCAACCACUGGCAAACCGAGCACUGUAAUCAACUUCAAAUGGAAGCCUUUGAAAGGAAUGUCAGCUCUACAGAAUGUGAACGUGCCCCCCGUCGCCACAAAAAACCUCCAACUACAAGAGAACCAGUCCUCCAACACGCAGGGAGUAAGAAUGGAGAUAAAAAGCAAAAGCCGGGUCCGACCGGGAUCUCUGUUCGAUGAGGUUCGUAAGACCGCAAGGCUCAACCAGAGGCCGAGGAACCAAGAGAGCUCCAGCGAGGAAAGAUCCCCCUCGGUGGGAAAGACGAGGGGACCGUCCCGCACGCGGUCCCAGAAGAAGUCCAGAUCCGCGUCCAGGAAGUCUCGCUCCGUUUCCAGCCACCGGUCCCGCUCCAGAGGCUGGUCCCACUCCUACAGCAGGUCCAGGAGUAGAUCCCGCAGCUCCAGCUACUCCUCCAGGAGCCGCAGCAGGAGUCGGAGGAGGCGUGGAAGAGGACGGUCACGCUCUCGUAGCAGCACAUAUGGAAGUUACAGGAGUCACAGUCGGACAUACAGUCGAAGUCAUUCCAGAAGUCGCUCAUAUAAUCGCCGCCGGAGAUCCAGGUCGGACUCCUACGACAGCUAUUCCAGUCGGAGUCGGAGCGCGAGCAGGAGACGAGGCCGCCGGCGAAGUGACAGCUACAGGAGCUCAGACCGCCGCUCCCGGUCGUAUCGCUCCUCCAGUCGCAGCUCUUCCAGGCGCAGGAGUCACAGUCGCAGCAGCCGCUACAGUUGAGCUGUCAAGUCUGCUGAGAGGGAACAAAACCACCAAGUCAAGACACUGUGUAUCACACAACAGCAAUCACUGUUAUCAUCUCAGAUCAGACACUAAUGCUCAAAGAGGAAAAUCUUCAUCUUACUGCUUCUUGUUUGAUUCUGUGCUGCAUGUCCCUCCCACAUAAGCUGACAUUACAUAACAUUGUUAUUGAAUGUAAAUAAAUAAACCCAGUCACAAACUUAUACAAAGUCACAGCAGAGGACAUCUGGGCUGGAUCUUGUCAAAAUGGCCACUCUAGCAGCCUAGAGGUAUAAAAACCAUCUAUGAUAAAUACUAUCAGAAAUAAGCUGUAUAUAUUUUAUAUUGUAUAUUUAUCUAUUCCUUUUCUACUUGCGUUUUUAUACACUGAAAUGUACAGUAAUACAUACUGUAUAGUGUCUGAUCCUCUCAGUUCUGAUAUGUUUGAGGAGUUUGUGGGUUGGUGAGUUUAUGCCUUAAGUUCAGGAUCAGCAAACUCUUCAAUGGAAAAAGUAACCUUUUGUCUUUGUGGUUUAUUACUGUAUCAUGAAUGUGAAAAACUUUUCAAAGUAUAGUAUUUCUGAUUUUACUCAAACAUUAUGAAUGUUUAAUAAAUACCACAGCAUCUUCA